UCAGUUAACAAACGGACGCGUUUUGAAACGGAUGCACCGUUGGUUAGAUGCACUGGCGAACCAAAGAAAACCUGAAGCUCCUCCGUAAAGAUCCCAGGUUUUGUCCCAAAAACCCGAGGCCGUGCGAAUGUCUGUCGGCUUCGAAGGCAGAAGCUCGAAGAGCUGCUAUCUUCAUCGGUCGCGCUGGUCGUUUAAAAGUGAAAUUUAGUGAAUGAAAUGAAAUGUCUUCUGGCCAGCCCCGCUGUCUGGCCGAGUGGCUUUGUAUUUGAUUAUUGAUUUGUGACAAUUGUCGGCAAGGAAAUGACUGAAAAUUAGUUGCAAGAAGGGAUUAAAAACAAAUAUUUAGUUUAUAAAAGGAACUACUUGCGGAUUAGUGGAAAUAUUUGUUCCUGUUCUAGUGACAUUGAAUGAUAAGACGGGCAAAAAGACAAACAAACCACGAGAGAGAGAGACAGACCGAUCAACGAACCGAACCGAACCAGCCACACGAUGAUUAGUGAACGCCACAAGAGCCGCGAUUUGGUUACGAUACUUGGCCUGGUCCACCUCCUGCUCCUCGGACUAGCCUCUGGUCAUGUGGUCGAGGUCUUGGCUCAAUCAACAACCGCAUCCACAUCGCAGACGCAGACUUUGGAGACGAAGACGAAUGGCAGUCAGGAUGAGGCUGGUCUGACACCCGGUGCGACAACAGCUCCCCGGCUGGAUCCGAACAACAACAACGAGUGGCGUCCCCUUGGGCACGGGGAUCCCCUUCAAAAGGAUCCCACCUACGACUACAGCCCACCGGCCUUGGAUCGAGUUCGCUAUUGGGCGGAGAAUAACAGCACCGGUCAAAGUAAUCCGGAGGCCAGGAAGAAAGAACUGCCACCAGAGGUCCUUCGCAACAAAACAAAGAGCGAGGUGUUGCUUCUUGGUGUGGCAAGUGAAAGGGUUAGAGUACCUCACUCCCAUUCCUAUCCACCAUUUGGCUUAAGCCAUAACCAGCAGCAACAGCAACAGGCUAAAUAUGCAGCUAUCCGGAGGAGCUACUACGCUCCCACCCAACAGCAGCAACACAACCUACAAAUGCCACAACCAGCUCAGCAUAUGCCACUGCAUAUGCAUGGCCAGCAGCACAUGCCCCAUACCCAUUUGAUGCCACCUCCCAUGAUGAUGAUGAAGUCAAGUGCUUCUUCUGCUCCCCAUUUGGAAUACAGACACAGUAUCAUGGCCACCGGAGCACCCACCUCUUAUAUGAGCCUCAACCACAUGAGUUCGCCGGCGCCCAAACAGACAAUGACUUCUUCUGUGAUUUACCAUCAGCCACCGAUGGGUCACCACAGCUCGUACUCAUCAUCAACUCCAUGGAUGACCAGUAUGCCACCACAUCGGAUAAGUUACGCGGACCCACAUCACCAGGAGACCAUGCACACCUACAGCUUCUCGAGGCCCCAUCCCCAGCAAUCGAUGAGCUACUCGCCCAACUCCCUACCAGGACAUCAAAGUGGAUCGAAGAAUGGGAUAAGGAAGCCUUGGCUACAUGAGUUGCUCCAAAAGGAGGUGGUGGUGACAUCGAAACCCAAGGUUAAACCCACAAUGCCAGCCACUAAGUAUCUGAUGGGUACGAGCAAACCACAUCAUCCACUCCCACCUGUUGGUUUUGGCUUGAGUUCCACCCGCCCACCGUUUACCUACGCACCAGUGACCUUUGUGCCUGGUCCACCCACCAUAGCAGUGCCCACUGUGGCCACCAGGCCAGAGCCACAGCCUGAGAUUUACAUCACACCGACUCCUCAAACGAGCAGCUCUGGCUUUAGACCAAUGUUAGUGACCAGCACAACCACCGUGGGAACCACUCCUUCGACCACACCGACAACUUUGCCCAUUUAUCAGCGAACCAGCACAACAGCCAGUAAUCGUUUGCUGAUCCCCCAGACAAGCAAUGUGGCGCAGAGACCCACAGUGGCUCCUGCUCCGAGUGAAGCCACCACCGACUCUCUUUUCUCCCACUACAAGCAACCACCAAAGCCCCUACUAGGACCCAUGUACCUCAUCAUCGAGGGUCACUCGAAGGUUAAGACCUAUGGCCAAAACGAAUUGGAUCCACACAGUCCAAAGAUAGUGCCGGUUAUCUCCAAAAGGGAGCCUGUGGUUAGGAUAGCAGAUCCGAAUCAGAAGAGAGGGACGGUGGAGUCCUACCAGGUCAAGCAUUUGCACACCAAAACCACGCCCAUGACAACGACGACUACGACUAGUAAACCCACUACCAUGAAGCCCUCAACCACAAGAGCUCCUCAAAAAGCUCCAGUUUACAGCACUACUAAGGCUCCGGUUAGCAGUACCACUAAGUCUACUGUAACCACUACCGCCAUCACUACCACCGUCACCACGACAAAAACCCCAAAAACCAGUGCGGCCAGUACAACCAAAGUGCCCAUUAGCAGUACCACCCCCUUAGUUCCACCUCGACCAAAUCCUGAACCUCCAAGUGGUGUUAAUGAUUUGCUGAGUCUACUGGACAAUAUGUUUGCCGAUGCCCAUGAGAUCGCCUCCACAAGGUCACCUCCAGUAGCCACUUCCACCGCUAGCACCGUGCUAAAGCCAGUUAGUACCAAGUUGUUGCCCCAGCAACCGGAACCAAGGAUUUCCAGUAAAGCAGGGAGCAUAGAGAGUCUUCUCGAAGAUGACACCCAUGAAGAUGAUAAAGCUGGCGAAGAUCUAAGGUCACCGAUUUCCACUGAGACACCACCUCGAGCAACGCGUCAGGUCUUUGACUAUGAUCAAUUACCAGAGUCACGGCUUAAAGACGGGGUCACCACCAGCGAUAUUAUAGAAUACAAUGAUGAUGAUGAUGAUGAGGAGCUGGAGGAAGACGAUGAAACGGCCACCGAUGGUCAACUGGAAAAUGAAGAAGAUGAUCAGGAGGGAGAUGAGUCCCACAAUCUACUCAAACGAAUCGAUCAAUUUGUGGAUGAUGUAGACGAUGGCGAUGACGAUUUGGAGGAUCUAAUCGAGGGUCUAGACGAGGACGAGAUCGAUGAGAGGCGACAGCAGCAUUAGCCCAAGAUAAGCAUUUUUCUUAAACUGCGCUCUAUACCAAAUCUAUCAGAAACUUUUUCUCACGCCUAAUACGUUCUUGUACAUAAGUCAGCUUUAAUUGAAUCUGUAUUUACUUGUUGUUAGUUGUUAGGUCCUGCUGACGUCACAAUGUGACUGCGUUCUAUACCCAAUAUAAUUCGAGCAAAGAGUUUUCGUUGUGUA